GACAUAUCUGAAAGCAUUUUAAGAAGUUGACAUUUGGACGGGGUCAAGCAUUUGUCUAUAUAAAGGCGCCAUCUGCAAAGGAGCAAACAGUAGCAUUUUCGGCUGCAUUGGAGGCAUGUGUAGUGUGCCCACAAGAAUGUGGUCUUUGUUCAUUCUCACUUUAUUUGGCCUGAUAAGUUGGUCGAACUCUGCAAAAUGUCCUGCCGAAUACGAGAGAUUUAGCUUGGAACACACCUUCUGCAUCUCGAAGAAUCCCAGAUGUGACAUCAAACGUUCCGGAGUGUCCCAACAAGACAUUCAGGAGAUUUUGCGGUUGCACAACCAAUACCGGAGUGAUUUAGCUCUUGGAAAAGAAACCAGAGCCAAAGGUGGAACUCUGCCUAAAGCAGCCGACAUGCUUCAGAUGGUGUGGGAUGAUGAACUUGCCGCCAUUGCUCAGAAAUGGGCAGAAAAUUGUGAAUUUGAUCAUGAUUGUGAUGAAUGCCGUGAUGUCCCUAACUUUGGAGUAGGGCAAAAUCUUGCCAUUCAGUAUGCCUCCUGUUCCAACUGCAAGGAAGACGAUAUCACCAAACCGAAAUGGGCUGACGCUGUAAAAGAUUUGUACGAUGAAGUGUUGGAUUUUCAUAAGAACUGGCUGGAUAGAUUUGAGAGCCAUGGAGGACCUGAUGUGGAACAUUUUACGCAGAUUAUAUGGUCUAAGACAUGGAGACUCGGUUGCGGUUACACAGCUUACAAAACAGGGAAGACAUACAAUCGAUUUUAUGUCUGCAACUAUGGACCUUCAGGAAAUGUGAAUGAACAGCCUGUUUAUAAACAAGGAAAUCCUUGCUCGGUUUGCCCAUCCAACACCUGUUGUGGUUCUGCCUGUAAAAGUGGACCAAACUACCCGGGACUGUGCAAAUUGCUGGAUCCAAACACAGCUCCAGUUUAUCAAAGAAAUUUGAACAAUCUCCUCUUCUUCUGCGAUUCCAAUCCGAAGGCCAAGGACUGCGAAACUCAAAUUACUGGAGCCAAUAAAUGGACCAACAAAGCCUCACUGGAAGGAAACUACAUGUCGAUUGUACUCAACGGAGGGGAAUCUACAACACUGCAAUUCAAAAAGCCAAUUGCGCCAACCAAGAAUGAAUUCUGCAUCAGAUUCAACUUCCGUAAAGGUCCCAUGAAAGCUGAUCAAGGUGAUGUUAGUAUCUUGAAAGCUGAGUAUAAAUUGGACCGUGGCCCCACCAUCCCUAUGAACCUCCACAAUUCAGGAAAUGUGUUUGAGAAUUACAGCAUUGAUCUAGCAUGGAAAACUAAGACCACACUUUCACUUACUUUCUCUGUUCCGAAAGGCUCUGCUCCUCAUAUUCUGGAUCUCAAAGAAAUAAUGGCCUUCGAUGGAAAAUGCAAAUCUAGAAGUGACUGAGAACUGUAAAGCUUGAAUGGAAAUUAAAUUUCCGUGAUGUAACAUUGGAAAAUAAAUGUUUAUUUAAUAUAA